UAAAAUCAACUCUAGAGAGACACAAAGCUAACCAAGCUGUAAAACAACAAAUGAAAGCACAAGAGAAAAAAUCUGAUAAAGGGAAACUUUCUGCUAAGCCAGAUAAGAUACCAUUUAGAGAGGAUGACACUGUUUUAUUAGUAGGAGAAGGUAACUUCUCAUUCACAUUAUCACUCGUCGUUGAUCAUCAAUUUGAACCUGGUCAAUUAACUAGUACUGCGAUUGACACUGAAGAGGAGGCUUAUGCAAAAUAUGACGAUUGUCGUGAAAUCGUAGAUACACUUAAAUCUAAAGGAGUUAGAGUAUUGUUUCAAGUUGAUGCAACACGUUUAGAUAAAUGCAAGGAGUUAAAUGGAAUGAAGUUUAAUAAAAUAUACUUUGGAUUCCCUCAUUUAGGUCUUGGUAUAAAGGAUCAAGACAGGAAUGUGUUGGUCAAUCAAGCCUUAAUCCUAAGAUUUUUCGCAUCUGCUCAGAAAUUCCUGACGUCAGGUAGAAAAGGAGUUGUAGUAAUCACCCUCAAGCAGACUAAGCCAUAUAAUCUAUGGAAUCUAGCUGGGUUAGCGAAGAAUCCACCAAUAGAAUUGCCAGAUACGCCAACUAAUAAAGAUAAAGGCAAAUCAGUUAAAUAUAAGAUAUUAAAGAGUACAUCUUUUAAUUUAGAUUUUUAUCCAAAAUACGCUCACAAAAAAACAAAAUCGUCAGAAAAAAAUAAAGUAAAUUAUCAAGAGAUACGCAGCUAUCACUUUAUUGUAAACGACGAAGAAGUAAUUUAAUCAUACUUUAUUAUAUAGAAAUACGCUAUCAUUAGCGAGAACAUGGAUGACUAUAUAAACAAGUUUAGACUUAAUCUAGUCAACCAUCAGCAACAACUACAACAGAAUUUUGAUUACGAUAGAAUUAGUCUUCUAAAUAC